AUGUUUAGAUUGGUUUGUCCCUGUCCCCUUCACCUGUCCACUUACUCUUGUACUUGUCUCCUCCCUCCCCUCCCUUACACUUUCCCUCCCUUCCUCUCUCCCUCCCUCCCUCCCUUCCCUCCCUCCCUUGCUCCCUCCUCCCUUCCCUCCCUCCCUCCCUUCCCUCCAUCCCUUCCCUCCCUCCCUCCUCCCCGCCCACCAGAGAGCGCCCUGGAGCGAGCACCAGUGGACGAGAGUGUGCUGCUGAUGAAGUUCUACCAGCUGUCGUUGGGGUCGGCGCGGCAGCUGCUCACAGCAGCGCAGGGCGAGCUGCCCUUCGAGGUGAACGAGCAGGAGGCGCUCAUCGUGCACUACUUGGGGAGCCUCUUUGUGCUCGGCCGCUCCGGCACCGGCAAGACCACCAUUUUCACCCACCGCUUGCUGCGCCUGGAGCGGAUGUUUCUUCGAGCCAUGGGGGAGCGUGGCCAGUUGGGUCCUGCUGUGGAGACUGGGAGUGGGGUUAGUGGGAGGGGAAGCGCGGUUCGUGCGCGCGUGGGGGGAGAGGGAGGACGAGGGAAGGCGGUGGGUGAAGGGAAGGGGGGUAGAGAGGAAGGAGGGGAGGACGGGGAGGGCAGGGAAGCGAGGGGUGUGGGGACGCUGCGGCAGGUGAUUGUGACUCUGAGCUCGAGGCUGUGUGCUGCGAUUCGCCACCACGUGUACAAAGUUAGACGAACCAUGCUGGAAGCAGAUGCCAUCCUCCCUGCCGGCACCGCACCUCCAAACACAGCCGCGGGCGGGCAGGAGCAGGAGCAGCAGCAGGGAGAAACAGGGGAGGUGGAGGAGCUUUUACUAUCGGAAGAAGCAGAGGAGAAACUCGUGGGAGAUUUGCCCGAGUCUCUCGACGAGGUGCAGCCUGAUGCCUAUCCCCUAGUGCUGACUUUCAAGAAGCUUCUCAACAUGGUCAAUGCCACGCUGGCACGGCCGUUCCAGCCGGACGGGGUGAAGGCUGGUGGUGGGUGGCAUGGGAAGACGGCGACGGGUGGUGGGUGGAAGAGGGGGGAGUAUAGGGCUCAGGGUGCUGGGGAGAAGGGUGGCAAUGGCAGUGACGUCGAUGGGAGCGAGUAUUUUUCACAGGAUGGUGAUGAUGAAGAUGAAGAGGAGGAAGAGGAGGAUGAGGAUGAAGAGGAUGAGUGGGGCCCAUCGUACCAUCAGUCACACUGGCACAGGGAUAGGGCGCAAGGCACAAGGGGAGCCAGCAGCAACAACGCCGGCUACAGCACCACUGGGGUGCUGUCUCUACCUGAAGAGGUGGACUAUGACCGUUUCGAGUCCCUCUAUUGGCCUCAUUUCAACACAUCCGUGACUCGCAAGUUCGACGCCUUGCUGGUCUACAAGGAGUUCUUCUCGCACAUCAAAGGCUCCCUGCACGCCCUCAGGUCGCCCCGGGGGCGCCUGUCUCAGGAAGCAUACGUAGCCCUCUCACACACCCGCACUUCAAGCUUUGAUGAGGCGCAGAGGGAGGUGAUCUAUGGGCUGUACUCGCAGUAUGAGAGGAUGAAGCGGCAGAGGAGGGACCACGAUCUAUGUGAUUAUGUGUACCACGUGCAUAGGGAGCUGGCACGAGGAGCCACUAGGAUCUGCACGCCUGCUUCUCUUGCUGCUGCAGCUGCCACUACUGGCACUGCUGCCAACGCUGCUGCCAUGGGCGCUGCUUCUCGUGCCACCAACAGGUCUGUUGCCUCUCGCGGUGGCGGUGGUGGUGGAGAUGACAAAGUUCGCUGUGGCCCGCCCUUCCAGUAUGUGUAUGUGGACGAGGUGCAGGAUUUGACCCAGGCGCAGAUAGCCAUCCUGUGCUUCCUCUGCGCCAACACCUCUGAUGGGUUUGUCUUUGCGGGGGACACGGCGCAGACCAUUGCGAGGGGGGUGGAUUUCCGGUUUCAGGACAUCCGGAGGCUGUUCUACGAGCUGUUUCUGGGGAGGAAGGUGGAUGUCGUGGGGGAUGCAGGGAGUGAGGGGGUGGAGGGCGGAGGAGGUGGGGGUGCUAGCAGUGGUGGUGCUGCUGGUGGCGCGGGGGAGAGAGAGAGUGGGACAGAGGAGGGGCGCGGACGGGAGAAGCAAGGGAGGUGGGCAGGGGCAGCAGCCGCGCGAGGCAAGCACAAGGUGUCUGGCAAAGGGAGGAGGAUGCUCGAAGAGGUGGGGAGUGGAGCAGCAGCAGCGUCAGCAGCAACACUGACUGUGGUGCGUCUGGCUGAUAGUGUGGUGCGCGUGCUGCUGCACUUCUUCCCCCACGCUGUGGACCGCCUUGCACCGGAGUUCAGCCUCAUUGAUGGGGAGGCGCCCGUGUUCCUGGAUGCUAUGGAGGGAGACGAUAUCGUCACGCAGCUGUUUGGGAAGAAGGGCGCGAUUGGUGGCGGAGGGUGCGAGUUUGGAGCAGAGAAGGUCAUAUUGGUGCGCGAUGCGGAAAGCUGCACAGAGCUGGUGAAGCGGAUCGGGUCAAAGGGACUCGUGCUCAGCGUGCACGAGUGCAAGGGGCUGGAGUUCCAUGAUGCCCUGGUGUACAAUUUCUUCUCGGGCUCGCCUAUGGCGUCCAGCUGGCGGCUGCUGUACCACUACAUGCGCGACCACUCGCUCAUCCCCUCCGCUGAGGACGGCUCUGGCCGCUGGCAGUGCCCCUCCUUUGACCCCAAGCGGCACAACCUCCUGUGCAGUGAGCUGAAGCAGCUAUACGUGGUGCUAACACGAGCGCGGCAGCGGCUGUGGAUAUACGAGGAGGACGAGGGGGCGAGGCGGCCGGCCAUGGACCUGUGGGGAGCCAUGGGCGUGGUGGCAGUGAAGGCACUCACGGCCGACCUUCUCAUGUCCAUGCACACAGAAUCGUCGCCCGAGGGGUGGCAUAAAAGGGGCACUAAGCUGUUCAACGCAGCCCAGUUCGAGGCAGCAGUGCUCAGCUUUGAGCGAGCAGGCGACGAGCACAGUGCAGCGGUGGCACGGGCAGCGCUGCUGCAGCAGACAGCCAAGAGGCUACAGGGCACGGACCCCAAGAAGGCCAGCAAGAUGUUUCAGGACGCCGCAGACGCGUUUCUGAAAGUGGACAAGCCGAGGGAUGCCGCCCGGUGCUUGAUCAGUGCGGGCAAGAUGAAGCAAGCAGGUGAGGAACGGUGGAGUGAGGUGGAUGAGAUAGGGGGAAGGGACGUGAAGGAAGAGGGCAGGGGUGGCGAUGUGUAUCGGGACAGGUGUGUGCCACCCAUGUGGGUGAAAUCAGGGGAGUGCUACGAGCUCGCAGCGAUGGCAGAGGAAGCAGCACAGUGCUUUGCACAAGUGUGGGAGGGACAGGUUGAGGAGGGAAUGAGAGCAGUGAAAGUAAAGCAAAACCAGCAAGGCCAGCAGCUGCAGCAGCAGAAGCAGGAGGAGGAAGAGGAAAAGAAGUGGAAGCAGCGAGAAAGGCUGGUCAUUCGAAAGAACGCAGAGUUCCUGCAGCAGGCUGCUAUGUUAUACUAUCGCAAGAAGAACACGAGCGAGGUGAUGAUAUUUGUGCAUCAGCUCCCCUCGCUGGCAAAGAAGCGGCAGUUCCUCGAGAGGCGAGACUUCUUCGGUGAGUUGCUCCAGAUUGAGAUAACUGAGGGGAAUUUCCAGCGGGCAGCUGAAAUGAUGCUCAAGAAAGGAGACAUGGUUGGGGCAGCAAGAAUGUUUCUUGGGCAGAAGGAAUGGGGGCCGGCGUUUGAGUGUGCGAUGGGUGCGGCUCGUGUCGUGAGCAUGUGGGCGAAUCAGAAUAAGGGAUGGCCAUUGAAUGUUCGGGAGCGGAAGCAAGAGAAGGUUGAGAAGCAAGAGGUGAUAGCGGAGACCAGGAAAGCCAAAUUGCCGCUAGGAUUGGGAAAGGAGGAUGAGGGAAAGAGGGUUAAAGUGAAAGCAGAAAACGGUGAAGCUGUUCCAAACGCAUGGGAGGCGAGGGCUGAUGCGGAUGAGAGUGAAACAGAAGUCCAGGGCAAGAUAGACGCUCCAGAGGGAGGGGGAAAGCAGCAGAAAGCGGAAACGCAGGAGAAAGCGGAAAAGCAGGAGGGCGUGGAGAGGAAUGUAGGUGAAAAUAUAGAUGCGACUAUGGAUGCGCUGGAGACAGCUGUUGCCUUGUGGGUGUGGGAGAGGAAGGACAGGGAGCAGGGAAAGGACGUGAAAGAUCUAGAAGAGGGGAGUUCAGUCGGAUUGGGGAUUCAAGGACUGGGUGGGGUGUCAGGGAGGGAGGGCGGGGAGGUGGAUGAGAGGGAGGGCUUGGAGGCUUUCACGCUGCUGUGGCUGCGGGAUUUCCACGCUCUGGCCAGUGCAACUGGGCGUGGGAGGCAGGUGGACUCGGGUGGGGAAGAGAUGGACAAAUGGUGGCAGCUGCUGAUUCGGUGCCGUGCGGAUGAGCUGCUUGGUAUGGUGGGUGCGAUGGGGAAAGGCGCUCUGGGAGGUGAGUCUGCAGGGCAAGCGGGGGUGGUACCCGAGGAAGGGGAGGAAGAGGAGGAGGAUUUGGGAUUGGGUGAAAGGAGUCUUGCUGCUGAAGUGCUGGUGAGCUGGAAGGGUCUCUUGUUGAGCAUCCAGCGAGCCAAAGCAUCUCUUUCUCAUCACGCCAGCACCUCCCUUCCUCGCUCAAGUGCCACACCCUCUGCCCCAAUACUCCCUUCUCCCGCCAAGCCUGCUGCUAACCAGCCCUCUCGGCCAUCGCCUGGAGCAGCAGCAGCAGUUGUGACUCUUCGGCCCGAAUGGCAGGCAGUAAACCAAGGAGCUCCACAGCAGUUGCAGCAGCAGGAGCAAGCGCAGAAACAGAAGCACCAAGAGGAGUUGCCGUUUGAGGUGGAAUGGAGGGAGGUGAAGGUGUGGUGGGGGCGGUGGAGUGAAAGAGUUGCAGCCAUGGUAUCAGCACUGCAGAGACUGCAGAGGCGCAGAGAGCUACCCUCAUAUGCGCCCUGGCUAGAUGCCACCUUCCACCUGCUCGCUGUCUCCUCCCCUGCUUCCUCCUCCUCCUCCCACUCCACCUCCCACGUUCUCGCCUCCUCCUCUGCCCAGUCCUUUCUGGUCGGCCUGUCAUCUGCUCAUUGGCUGAACCCUGUGCAAGCAGCAGUUAGCCACCUGCCGGAUCAGGGCACGCGGGGGGAGGUAGCAAGAGAGGCUGCAGCCAGGGCAGGUGCUAUCUACUGGGCAAGGCAGGCAAGUGAGAUGGUCAAGGAAUGUGCGGCUGUGAUGCAGCAAGCUAUGAGAUCUCUGGAGAAGGGUUUGCUCGGUAGGAGGGAGCGUGGUGCGGCAGGUGAUAAGAAGCGAGCCAGAGAGCUGCACUUGCAGCUUGAGCUUUGGGUGGAAAUCCACGCGUUGCUUCAGUUUGCAAUAGAUUUGUGUGGGGGUGGGAGGCAAGAGCAGAAUCUGCAGCAGGGAGAGGAACAGAGCAGCCAGGUGCAAGGGGCAGGCCGGGUGGGUGAGGAGGGGGGGAUAGCGCAAAUGGCAGGGGACGUGGAGAUAUGGAAAGAACAGCAGGAGAGAGCGACCUUGUGGCUGCUCUUGUUGCUCUUCCCUGUGACGAGCCCUCUCCCUCGCUCCGUGGCAUUUGUGUGGUGCUACUGGGAUGUGAAUGGUUUCGUUUCCUUUCCAGUGUUCCUCAGCUUGGCAGAAAGAGCAGCAGUCCAUACGUGUGCAGCCAUCACGAAUCUGGAGAAUCUCGUCAUUCCCACCUCCCUCGCUUCCCUCCACCUAGAAGGCCAGCACUACUCCAACCUCUGCACCCACAUGCUUAUGUGGAGUGGUGUGGCUCCAGCGGAACGUGGCUCCCUCUUCCUCCGCCUCCUUGUUCUUGUUGCCGUCUCUGUCUGCAAUGUCGACCGUCACCACGGCCAUGAGUUCUUCUCCUACCUUGUAGACCACCUCCUGAUCCUCUUCUCCCCUCUCGACCGGCUCCCCAACCCGCUCAUCUCCACCCUUCCUCCAAAACUAUACUACGAUCUCAAGAACAUGUUCAGGAGGGAUAAACCCGCACCAGGGUACCGGGUUCCACUGCUGGGUGGUAACACUGAGAAUGCAGCCGAUGCUGUUGCGGCCGCUGCUGUUGAUGAGGAGGAGGAUGGCGGUGCUGGUGAUGGUACGGUUGGUGAGGAAGGAGCUGGUGCUGAAUCUGGUGCCGGAGCCGACUCAGACUCAACAACAGAGGCAGCGGUGGCACCUCAAAGCGGAGAGAGUCUAGAGCAGGGGGAUGAGUGGGGUGGUGAUGAAGAGGGGAAGGCAGGUACAGUUGGUGGUGCUGGGAAGCACGUGGGGAAGGAGUUGAAGAAUGCGCAGCUGCAGACCGACGAGCGGGAGGAGGUGGACGGUGUCAAGAUCGCGCUGAGGAUCACACAGCAGCUGCGCAGCUGCCUGCACCAGGUUGACAUGGACGCGUUUCUGGCCCUGAUUCAGGAGGGUGUGAGGCAGCUGAAGCAGCUGCUGCAGCAGGGGGGCUCGGGCACAGGACAGGGCCAGCAGGAGCGGAAAGGGCAGGGGCGUGGGUGGUCAGAGGAGGAGGCGGAGAAGCAUGAGCAGCUGUUGGAAGAGGCUCUGGAUGCAGAAGAAUCACUUGCGGCUGCAACCAGUGCCGUCCACCAUUCGCACGCUGGUCAUGCGUCUGCCUCUGUGAGUUGGCUCCACAGCACAGCCAUUGGUCCCCUCUCCAACCUCCUCUCCCAGCACAAGGCUCUGGAGCACCGGCUCAAGCAGCUGCUGCACUCCACAGAGAAGGAAGGGGCAAGUGCACAGGGUGGUUCUGGAAAGGGGAGUGGGAGGGUGAAGCAAGAGGGAAGCAGUGGGGUGCAGGAGCCUGGAGGAGGGAAAGGGAAGGGGAAGAAGGGAGCGGGCCGCAGUGGAGGGAAGGAUGGUGGCAAAGGAGGGAAGAAGCAACGAGGGGGCAGGUCAAGGAGGCGAUAUUGA